AUGACCGUCUCUGAACUUCCCGAUUUCCCUCCUACGGCUAUCCGGAAAUCUCUUUCUCCAUCGCAGCUCGCGAUACUGAACCAAACGAUAGCCGCACGCCUCCAGGAAACGUUGGCCCUUCCUCCAGAAAAGCGCGACACCCAAGCAUCUCGCCGAUUUGUUGCAUCGUUUGCUCAGGAUACAGCGUUGCAGACCCUACAGCCGCUGAUAUGGGGGAAUUCGAACGAGCUUUCUGCAACAGAAAAGUCGAUACGGCAUCGAGCACUCUUGCUAGCGGAGAAACUGGCCUCCGGGCUGGAGCUACAGACGCUGCUAGAUCUUGCCAUCAUUUACUCAAAGUCUCGAACUCGAUUGCGGAAGAUAUUCGAGCAGUCUACUCCUCCACUCCUCUCAGCUAUCCGGGAUGAGCUGGUCCCAGCAUUUACGGCCAUUCUAGGCGAUUCUUCCACGGGCUUGUAUGGGAUCCGUAAAUCGGUCUAUUGCAUAGUGUCGUUUUUGCGUGUCGCUCCGGAGGAGGUCGUCCGUUCGUUCUAUCAUUCCAAUCAGUUUGUUCUUGCACUUGCCAGGUGCUAUGAUCAAGGCCUCACGGCGAUGGCUCAGUCCUAUGAGGGCAGGGAUUUGGAUGACUGGGAGAGGAUAUUCAUCGAGACCAAGGUGGAUAUCAUAGACUCAUUCCAUAUCAGAAGAGCGCUGGCGGCGGAAUCCGAGCGAACGUUUGAUAUCAUUUUUGCCUUGCUCGAUGUCCGUCCAUCGUCUGCGAACCCAACCACCCCCUUCCUCAACCAACCGCUCUUGGCCGAUUAUCAGCAGUCGUAUGAUCUUUCGAGAACUCUUUCGUCUGCUUUGCGGCAUGCAUCAGAGAAAGACGCGAGGCUGGACGUUCUUGAGAGCACUUUGAAGUCUCUUGAAGGAGAGGGGGAGAGGGGACCUGGGGUGCUCAAAUUGAUAAUCCGCUCAUCAGGGAUCCCACCUGGUGUAGAUAAUCGGGGAAAGGGUAGUAGUGGAAAAGGGAAAGGAAAGGCGGUAUCCCCUCCGGAAACAACACCCUCAGACCCAGAUAUCGAUCUCAAAGUAUCUCAAGUCCUGGAUAUUUUCCCGGACUAUUCCCCCGACUACAUCAGUGCUGUCCUCAUGCAUCCAUCAUACCCUUAUCGCGGAAACCCUGAAAAACUUAUUGAAGCCUUAUUAGAAGGCACAGCUCCGUCUGAAGAUAAUGUUUAUACUUCACAGACAAGCCAGCCAAGCGGGCCGUCUAACGAAUUGGUAUAUACGAAGGAUCGACAAAACGUGUUUGACAACGAAAAGAUGGACCUGUCGCAACUGCAGAUAGGAAAGAAGAGGGAGGACGAAGCCGCCAUUCUGAGAGACCGAACAUUCAUGGAACAGAUGAAGGCCGACAUUCUUCGUCGUGCUGAGGAAAUAUCUGAUGAGGAGGAAGAGGAUGACGGAACGACCGGUGCAUUCGACGAAGAAGACCUUGAAUCUACGGUGAAAGUAGGCGGUGAUGGAGAGGAGAGUGAUGAUGAUGAUGCGGAGGGCAUCGAUGAAACCGAAGCAGCUCCCGCGAAGCAGUCGCUCCACACCAUACUUGAACUGGCGUAUAUUCAAGAUCCAAAGCAGUUCGAUAGAGAUGCAAAUACCAGACGUAGUAAAGGACGUGCUGAUCUGAAGGCGCAGACUGGCUGGAGUGACGAGCAGAUAGAAGGCUGGCGGAUAAUGCUGGAACGGAAUCCUAAGAAGGACAAAAUCUUACAAAAGCACGAGUUCGCUGGAAAUCAGCCUACGAUUGGCCCUGUGCAAAGCAACCGUGGAGGUGGUCCAUCUCGUGGGGCAGGUCGAGGCCGCGGGAGGGGACGAGGCCGUGGUGGUAGGGGCGGAGGCGGGGGCGAAGAGGGAGAGCAACAAUCCCGAGAUCGUGCUUGGAAAGACAAAAAUAAAGCCAGUCGAGGAAACCACAACCGAAAGCGUGGUCACGAUAAGAAAAUGGCGCGCGGGGGAGGUCCGUCGUAG